UCAGAUUUGCCGGAGCGCUAUUUGAAAGCUGCUCGUCUGUGUUCGCUUCCAAACAAAUCCCAGAUCCUGACGGUAAAUUUUCCUGUUUGUAGCUGAAAUAAAUCACCGUGUUGAUCUUGUACGCCAAAGGUUGUCCGCGUUAGACAUGUCGUCUCUGGAAGUUCGCUCUGCGCUUCUAGUCGCUAAUAACCCCUCAAAGACGGCUAAAACCACCGCAGCGGCUCCGAGGAGAGCAGCUCUGGGAGAAAUCACCAACUGUAAUGGACCAGCAGCUAACCCUAAGAAGAAGGGACCUUCCAAAGCAUCAUCUAAACCAGCCGGUCUUCAGAAAGUGAAGUCCUCUGGCCCCGUGGUUCCAGUCCUCCAGGAGGCUCCGGUCCUCCAGGUCCCAGCAGAUCUUCCAGAGGAGGCUGAUGUUUCCAUGAAGGUGGAGGAGGAGCUUUGCCAGGCGUUCUCUGAGACGCUGCUGACCUUUCAGGACGUUGAUGAGCAGGAUGCCGACCAGCCACAGCUCUGCUCAGAAUACGUCAAAGAUAUCUAUAAGUAUCUGCAUACGCUGGAGGUCCAACAGGCCAUCAGAGCAAACUACAUGCAGGGUUAUGAAAUCACAGAACGCAUGAGAGCUCUGCUGAUCGACUGGCUGGUCCAGGUCCACGCCAGGUUCCAGCUGCUGCAGGAGACCCUGUACCUCACAGUGGCCAUCCUGGACCGCUUUCUGCAGAUCCAGCCGGUGUCUCGCAGGAAGCUGCAGCUGGUCGGGGUGACCGCCAUGCUGGUGGCCUGUAAGUACGAGGAGAUGUACGCUCCCGAGGUUGGAGACUUCGCCUACAUCACCGACAAUGCCUUCACCAAGUCGCAGAUUCUGGAGAUGGAACAACUGGUUCUGAGGAGCCUCAAGUUCCAGCUGGGACGUCCGCUGCCGCUCCACUUCCUCAGACGGGCUUCCAAAGUGGCAAACUCUGACACAGAGAGACACACCCUGGCUAAGUACCUGAUGGAGCUGACCCUCCUGGACUACUCCAUGGUCCACUACCGGCCCUCUGAGAUCGCUGCUGCCUCCCUCUGUCUCUCCCAGCUGCUGCUGGACGGCUUGUCCUGGUCUCCCACCCAGCAGCACUACUCCACCUACGAUGAGCUCCACCUGAAACCCAUCAUGCAGCUCAUCGCCAAAAAUGUUGUGAUGGUGAACGAGGGGAAAACUAAGUUCCAGGCCGUCAGGAACAAAUAUUCAAGCAGCAAACUGAUGAAGAUCAGCCUGAUCCCUCAGCUGAAGUCUCCCGUCGUGGAGAACCUGGCGGCCGCUCUGCUCAACACUUCCUGAGAGACUUUUCGUCUGUGGACGUUUCACUUGCACUUUAUUGGAGCUUUAUCUCAACCUGUGGAGAAACUUCACUAGUUUUUAUGGGAUGUUUUUAGUUCAUCUGAGCGUCAUGGUUUCAUUGAAAUCAGUUUUUCCUGAAUCUUUUGAUCUUCUAGAUUCUUCAGCUGCAUCGUGUUGAUUGAACCUCAGUCCGUUUACUACCAACUUCAGUGGAGCAGAAAUGUCCUGAAGGGCUUCUCAUCUGAGAUGUUAGGUUUUUUUUUUUUUGGGGGGGGGGGGUGUUAACAGCCAUAUGCCUGGAGGAACAUCUGAGGUCCAGAACAACCUUCUGAGUUUCUGCUGCCAGACCUUCAGCUCCUGUUUCUGUUUCAGAAGAGAUCUUUGUUCUGCUUCCAGAAAUCUGAGCUGUAAAUUGGAUGUUUUAUCAGAUGUGAAUGAAUAAGUGCCUUGUUUUCUUAAAUGUUUUGCUGUGAUUAGUUUUAUAGUUUUAAUGUGUGCUGCAUGAUUCAGCUGCAUUUUAAGCUCAGAUCUUGGACUGUAUGGUUCAAACUAAAGCUAAAUAAAAGGUUUUAGGUA